AUGGCAGCCAUGAUCAGUCGUGUAUGGUCCGCAUUCAGCCCGCCGCAGGUGCCCAAACAGUCCCUUGUCGUUGAUAACCCCCUCAAAUCUCAUCCCGAAGUGAUGGUCCAAGCUGUUGCGGCGCGUGACCGAUCAAAAGCAGAAGCAGUCGCAAAGUCGCACGGUAUCUCAGAAGUCAAGAAUUUACAUCAAGACAUUCUCGACGACCCCAAUAUUGAUUGCGUCUUCAUCCCACUGCCAAACGGACUUCACUAUGAAUGGGCCAUUCGUGCGAUCCGUGCUGGCAAGCAUGUCCUCCUGGAGAAGCCUUCGACUUCAAACGCAACUGAAGCCAAGAUUCUUUUCAACAUGCCCGAGCUGUUCCAACCGGAUGCUCCGGUGAUACUCGAAGCUUUCCACACCCGCUUCUACCCAUCUUGGAAUCUGUUCAAGUCUCUGAUCGAUCCUGCAGAUGUGGUUCAUGUCACUUCAACCUCCAUGAUCCCCUGGUGGGCCUCCUCCAAAGACGACAUACACUUCAACUACUUCAUCUCUGGCGCUACCAUGAUCAAAUGCAAAACCCUCCAAGUGCACCAAAACGGCAGUCUUGCGAUCGAUGCUACAAGCAGAAACUACGAUGUCAACACCGAGUGCAACUCUGAGGAGAAUGGACAGCAUCCGGCUAUCGUUGCGGAGGGAGUUGCAACUGGCCAGCAGCGAUCCGACCGAACAAAUCUUGAUGUGUGCAUCGAUCCGAUGUCCAUGGACUGGAUAGAUUAUGUUGACGAUAUCUUCACGAAUCCGGAGCAGUGGCACUUCGACCCUCAGGAUCUCGGCAUCGAGAACGGCAGCCUGGGCGACAACACCCUUGACUCAUCAUAUGCCGUUUCACCCGAUCUUGUGAGCGAGAUGCCUGAGCCAAACAUACAAUAA